AUGUCAUACAUGGAUGUACAUGAACCCGCAGCGGAGGACUCAUGGGAGGAAAUGGAGGAGCAGGAGCAGGACUCAGCUUCUGGGAUAUCCAGCGCCCAAGUACGGCCACUCAGGCAGAGCUUCCUUCCAUUACACACUCAGCCUAUACCACCAUUAUUCGAGAAGAGCAAUGUCUUGGUCAUCGGUCCAACGGGGUCAGGCAAGACCUUGCUUGUUCGGACACUAGCUAAGGUCCUCGACGUUCCCUUCUCUGUCAGCGACGCGACCUCGUUCACCCAAGCAGGAUAUGUAGGAGAGGACGUCGACAUGGCUAUCCAGCGCUUGCUACAAGCAGCCAAUUAUGACCCGCUGCGUGCUAGUAUGGGCAUUGUCUACAUCGACGAAGUGGACAAGAUCGCUCGGAAAGCUGGGGGCGCAGGAAUGGAAGGGUCUCGCGAUGUAGGCGGUGAAGGUGUCCAACAAGCGCUUCUACGGAUGAUGGAAGGCUCUGUGGUGUCUGUCCAAGCGAAGGGUUCAGCGCAAGCAGAGAUUCCGCCGUUUGGCACCCCAGGCAGAUCCAGACCAGGCCAGCGCACUCCUGGAGCUGCGAAGUCUGAUAUUUACCACAUCGACACCUCCAACGUGCUGUUCAUCCUGAGCGGUGCUUUCGUAGGCUUGGACACAAUCAUCAAGCGGAGAGUUGCCAAAGGCUCCAUCGGUUUCACGGCCAAGCUGACAUCAGAGAAUCCGGACUCUAACAGCAAUGGAUUCCUCCCAUUCUUUACACCCAACAGGUCAACCCCUACCAAUGCUUUUGAUCUUGUGGACACUUCUGAUCUCGUCAAAUACGGCUUCAUCCCAGAGUUCAUUUCCCGCCUUCCCUCCAUAACCACCUUAUCGCCUUUGACCGUGUCUGACCUCCGGCGCAUUCUCACCGAAGUCAAAGGGUCGCUAAUCUCACAGUACACCGCUCUCUUUGGCUAUUCUGGCGUAGAAAUCAGGUUUACCAGCGCCGCUCUUGAUGAGAUAUGUCUAAAGGCUGCUGAGCGAGGCGGCGGUGCUAGAGGACUACGCGGCAUCAUGGAAUCUCUACUAUUGGAGCCAAUGUAUGAAGUACCUGGUUCGAGUGUACGGCAUGUAUUGAUCAAAGACACCACUGUUCGCGGGGAAGAACCGCCGAUGUACUGGUCGAGGGGCGAGGGGGCUGCAUUCUGGGCAGCCUGGGCAGACGAAGAAGCAAUCAUGAAGGAGAAAGUACGCUGA